GUCCAUCAACAUUCGUCAAUUCCAGUACAACUCCACAACAGUCACAAAAUGGUCUCCAUCAAAUCUUUCUCCGUUCUCGCUAUGGCGUGCCUCUUGCAGCUCACAGCGGCCGCUCCUUCAGACGCUCUACAAAGUCGCCAGUUUGAAGGUCUUACUUGUACUACUUUAACCGCAGAAGGUUCUACAGUCCCCUGCAGUGAUUGUAAGGGUGGAUGCACUGCCGCUUUCGCGUGCUGCGACUGCAGCAAGGUUCCCUGCUAGAGCAAGAGGAGUGUGUUACGCCCCAACAAGAAACAGGCGGCGUCGCAGGCGGCACGGCCUUUAUGGGAAUCGCCACAGGGCAAGAACAGAUGACUCCCUAGGAACAAUAGAUUUACGGUACAAGUUACGCACCAAUAAGAUAAAGUGAUCACUAUACAGGACCUACCGGGGGUUGAGUUUGGUCCAUUCGCCUGUGGCGUUGGUGUAGCAGUCACCACUAGUACUAGCAAU